UAUCUAUGUUGGUAUUUUGAACCAAUCAAUACAAAUUAACUUACGAGCCACCUUGUGCUGUAUCUAUAUACUUCGUUGCUCACGUUUUUUGUAUUUAUAAGUGUUUUCUCAAACCAAAGAUAAGAUGUCACAGUCGAUGGGAACGUUGUGCGACGAUCAGUUACUUUCAAUGUUUCACGCCGUCAAUAGAUAGCACCUAAUUGCUGCUCUAGUUGCUGACGUUAACAACUAUUACCUCCUCCAAUCGGUUUAGUAUCAAUAUUCAAUUUAUUUUUCGGAAUAAGUUCCUACUCGUUGGUGAUUAUUAUUAUUUGAUUUUGGAAUUAAAAACAUGAGUUCACCUCGGGUACUUUCCAUCCAAAGUCACGUUGUCUCUGGAUAUGUUGGUAAUAAAAGUGCAACCUUCCCACUACAGUUGUUAGGGUUUGAAGUUGACGUUAUUAAUUCAGUGCAGCUCUCAAACCACACUGGAUACAAAGUUUUUAAAGGCCAGGUUUUAAAUGAUAAUGAUUUAAAUUUUAAUUAUGUUGUUAUAGAACAGUUGGUAGAUGGGCUAGUGCAAAAUGAUUUAGAUUAUUACACCCAUUUGUUAACUGGAUAUAUUGGCUCUGCUUCGUUUCUCAAACAAGUAGUUGAGGUUGUUAAAAAAUUGAAAGAAAAAAAUCCACAGUUAAUUUAUGUUUGUGAUCCAGUUAUGGGUGAUGAUGGGAGAAUGUAUGUCCCUGAGGAACUGAAAGAAAUUUAUCAAAAAGAAAUAGUUCCUCUUGCAAAUAUUAUAACUCCAAAUAGUUUUGAAUUAGAAAUUUUAGUUGGGAACAAAGUUAAUACGAUUUCCGAAUUAAGAAAAGCCAUCAACGAUUUGCAUGAAAUAGGUCCUCAAAUCGUGGCAAUAUCAUCAGCAGAAAUAAAUGGAAAACUGACAUCAUUCGUAAGCACGACUACAGAUCACAAAAUGAUAAAACUUGAAAUUUCGAAAUUGCCUAUUUCUUUUACUGGCUCUGGAGACCUCUUUGCUGCCUUAUUUCUUGCUCAUACUUAUUUGCAAGAUAAUAUCAAAAUAGCACUUGAAAAUACCAUAAACUCCCUGGAGGAUGUUCUUUCAAAAACUUAUGAGCGUUUUCAAACAAUAAAGGAUGAUAACGCCCAGAGGGCCAAGAAAGUUGAACUUUGUUUGAUACAAAGUAAAAAAUGUAUAGAAAACCCUUCCCAAAGAUAUCAAGCUACCGAAUUGAAUUAGACAUACUGGACGAAUUGAAGAUAAAUGAAUGUAUGAUUUUUUAUCGAUGUUUUUUAUUGUUGUUUUAAAAAUGAAUUUCGUGCCCUACAUUUUAUGGUGUACAUACAACCGGUUUUAUUGAUGCAGCUCAAUGAAGUUAUUAGAAGAAAAGAUGAUUUAAAAAGUUUUAACAAUUUGAAAUGAAUAUAAGUAAUAUUACAAUGUUAGUUGUUGUAUUUUCUUGAUAUAUCCUUUAUAUUGACAAAAACCGUUAUGCCGACCAAAGCAACGUCUUCCAAGGGCUACUUAGUUCUAAACCAUAUACAAAUAUACCUGUAUAUUAUAUACACGUUUACAUGUAAUUUUUCUGUUAUAUUGCUGGCAAUGU